UCCAAAACGCAGCUUCGCUCCCUCGCUCGCUCGCUCAUAUUUGCAUCGUUUCUUUCCUGCCUGCCUGCCUGCUCCUCUCUUGCUAUCUACUACCUCUCGAGUUUUAUAUUCCCCCGGCCCGGCCCGGCCGCCGAACCGGUUCAACGCGGUGCGCGUGCGUGUGCUGGACCCGGACGCCGGCCGCGAAUAUAAGCGCGCCAGCCCACGGCCUCAGGUCGGAGGACACUGCCCCGCCCUGCUCUCCACACAGCACACAACGGCGCGAGAGAGAUCACACACACAAACACAAACACCUACGCUCGCACACAGGCUAAGCUAGCAGAGCCGGCAGAGGGCGGCGCGGCGGUGAUCACAGGGCGCGCCCCGGGCACGCACAAGCGAAGGCACACCAACAAUCCGAGUAGCAUCUUCUUGCGCAAUGAGAUCAGGGAGCGCCGCGGCCGCCGCCGUAAUCUUGUCUCGACGGCUCGGAGCCGUGUUGCUGCUGGUGCUGCUUCUGAUCGCGGCAACGGCGGCGGCGGCGGAGGGGAGCAAGAGCGGGAGCGGCGACGGCAAGGCGCACAACUACGAGGAGGCGCUGCGGAAGAGCCUGCUCUACUUCGAGGCGCAGCGGUCGGGGCGGCUGCCGCACGGGCAGCGCGUGCCGUGGCGCGACCACUCGGGCCUCACCGACGGCCUGGAGCAGGGGGUGGACCUGGUGGGCGGCUACUACGACGCCGGCGACCACGUCAAGUUCGGCCUGCCUAUGGCCUUCACCGUCACCAUGCUGUCCUGGAGCAUGCUCGAGUACGGCGCCGACGUCGCGGCGGCCGGCGAGCUCGCGCACGCGCUCGAGGCCAUCAAGUGGGGCACCGACUACUUCAUCAAGGCGCACACGCAGCCCGACGAGCUGUGGGCCGAGGUGGGGGACGGCGACACGGACCACUACUGCUGGCAGCGGCCGGAGGACAUGACGACGUCGCGGCAGGCGUACAAGGUGGACCGCGACCACCCGGGCUCCGACGUCGCCGGCGAGACGGCCGCCGCCAUGGCCGCCGCCUCCAUGGUCUUCCGCAAGUCCAACCCGCACUACGCCCACCUCCUCCUGCACCACGCCCAGCAGCUGUUCGAGUUCGCGGACGGGUACAGGGGCCAGUACGACAGCAGCAUCGCGGAGGUGAAGAGCUACUACGCGUCGGUGAGCGGGUACAAGGACGAGCUGCUGUGGGCCGCCCUGUGGCUCCACCGCGCCACCGGCAAGCCCGGCUACCUCGACUACGUCGUCGACAACGCCCACGACUUCGGCGGCACCGGCUGGGCCAUCACCGAGUUCAGCUGGGACGUCAAGUACGCGGGCGUCCAGAUCCUCGCCGCAAGACUGCUGCUGAGGGGAGAGCACACGGCGGAGCAGAAGAGGACGCUGGAGCGGUACCAGGCCAAGGCGGAGCACUACGUGUGCGCGUGCCUGGGCCGGAACGCGCAGGCCGGCGGCGAGGACGCCAACGUGGAGCGGAGCCCGGGCGGGAUGCUCUACAUCCGGCAGUGGAACAACAUGCAGUACGUGACCAACGCGGCGUUCCUGCUGUCCACGUACGCCGACUACCUGGCCGAGGCCGGCGUGGGGACGGUGACCUGCGCCGGCGGCGAGACGGCGGGCGCCGGCGAGGUGGCGGCACUGGCCAGAGCGCAGGUGGACUACGUGCUGGGCACCAACCCCAGGGGCGUCAGCUACCUCGUGGGCUACGGCGCCAAGUACCCCGCCAGGGUGCACCACCGCGCCGCCUCCAUCGUGCCGUACAAGCACAGCAAGCAGUUCAUCGGGUGCUCGCAGGGGUUCGAACACUGGUUCGGCCGCCGCAGCUCCAACCCCAACGUGCUCGUCGGCGCCAUCGUCGGCGGGCCCGACCGGAGGGACCGGUUCAGGGACAACCGGGACAACUACAUGCAGACGGAGGCGUGCACCUACAACACCGCGCCCAUGGUGGGGAUGUUCGCCAAGCUCAACCGGAUGGCGAGGGAGGAGAGGGAGCGGAGAGCUGCCACGGCGAGAAGCGGCACGGCGGCCGAGGUGUAAAUGGAUUUAGAUAGGUUAUAGGUCUCGAGGGGGCUGUACAAUUUUCCCCAUUCUUUUGUUCAUUUCUUCUCCUUCUUUGGAGGUUUCUUGAUACACAGGAAGGAUGGAGAUGGGUGUAGUAUACGAGAAAAGAAAAAGGGCUGGAGGCAUUGACGUGCAAAUGUAAAUUCGCUGCCUGUACAUACGAGAAAAGGAAAAUGAGAAUUCAAGUUAUAUAUC